GUCGGAGCACUGAAAUAGAAGCCAAGCCAGGUAUUACACGUUUUAUGUUGUCACUUCAUCCUGGUCAAUUUAAUAACAUUAGAUAGUACAAUAGCUCAUUUAAUUGCUAUAUUGUCUACAACAAAAUCUAUUAUUCAGUACAUCCAGUAAUAUAGAAAUGGCCGACAGUCCUAGCUCAGGGUCUGCUGACAGUUCACCCCAGGUCGAAAAAGGCUGGGGAGCAUUAAAACAACACAUUCUCGCAAAUAAAAUCAAUGCUGGACUUUGGGCCACCCGAGUAUUUACUAUUCUAUUUACCGUUGCAUUUUUAAUUCCACUCUUUGGAAAUCCAUACAAUGCCUAUUACAAAGCACUGAUGAGUAGUGCAGCUACCAGCGCACUCAGGUUGCAUCAAAGAGUCCCAGUUGUUCGACUCAACAUGCAAUUUAUUGAAGAUUUACUUUUGGAGGACUCGUGCCACUACUUACUUUACUCAAUAAUAUUUUUAUAUGUGUCACCUGUGACAAUGGUUCUGAUACCGGUUCUAUUAUUUGCAACACUACAUGCGGCGAGUUAUUCUCUUGCAUUAUUGGACACACUCGGACAAAAUAGCUGCUGGCCGGCUCGCCUUAUGAUAUCUAUAGUUGAAUUUCAAUCACGCAAUAUUUUACGUCUUUGUGGAUUGUUGGAAAUCAUGAUCCUACCGCUUACAGUUAUUCUAGUCUUCACUGGACGUGCUGGUUUGUUGACACCAUUCGUAUACUAUCAAUUUUUCAAAAUGCGUUUAUCGUCACGAAGAAAUCACUUUACACGCAAUAUCUUCCACGAAUUGAGAAAUGCACUCAGUUCCGUGUCAACACGACCAUCAAUGCCCGGGAUGGUCAGAUGGCUGAUAAAUGGUCUUCUUAGAGUCACCCAACAAAUGACUCCAAAUCCUGUUCCUCAGUAACCUUAAUCUAUUUCCCCGUGAGUUUGAGUAACAGUUGUAUUUUAUUUUUUUUUUUUUAAACCAAAUCAAUUUUUUUUAUCCAUUAUGAAACCUAUUUACAAGCGUAAUUUUUACAGUACAAUCGUUCGAACAAUUUUAUCUACACAAAUAAUAUUUAAAUAUUAAUAUAUUGAUAAUAAUUAAGGAUAUAUAUUUAAACUAAAUUUAUAAACUUUCUCACAUUUUACAAUUUCGUAUAAUUUUAAACUACAUAUUUAUAAAUAUUGUGGUUAUUAACAUGAGCGUUAAGUUCUAAUAACAAAAUUCAAGCUCAAUAAUUAUUAAUUUUGAUUAUUACAUCAAAAUUAACAAACGAAUUUAUUAGUUUUUUUUUUUUAUCAAACAAUUUUCCUAGACAAUUGAAAUUAAUAACUUGUCUACGGAUCUAUUAUGUUUUAUUGCAAUAAAAAAAAACAUUUUUAAUGGUAAUUAUUAUUUUUAUAUUGCAAUAUUAACAAUUAAUAAAAUUUGGUGCAACGAGAAAUAAUUAUUUAAUUUCUCAGACUCAUAGCAAAUUUAUGUUAAAUUAUUUAAAUUCAGUCUCAUAUAUUUCGUGUUACUAAUUCCAAAAAGACUUGAUUUUUUUUUAAAAGAACGUAUCAUUUUUUUUUCAUUGCCAAUCGUCUUGCAAAAUUAUUUUAUUGCUUCGAUUUGAAAAUUGAAAAAAAAAAAAAAUUGAGUUCCAGAACAAAUCUACGAUACUGAAGUUAGCCGACGACAGUAAUUUUUUGAUUUUUCUCAAAUCUAUAAAAUAUAAAAAAAAAUUUCAUCGCAGUUUUUUAAAAUUUUCUACAUGUGCAUAUUUUAAGUUUUCUUAAUUUUGUAGCUGAUUUGUUGAAUAAAAAAUUUGAAAAUUUUCUAUUGUCUGUUAACUUCAGGAUCAUGUAAGUCUACAAUAUGAUUUGGAAUUAAAAAAAAAUUAUGCACCCCUUUGGUUUAAAACUUAGUGACUAAAGCCAAAAGGGCAUAUAAAAAUAUAAGUCUUUUUGAAAUUAAUGACGCGAUUUAGUAAUAAAAAAAAUUAUAAAUUAUUGUAAGUGUGAAUAUAGCAGACAUCAGACAAUUGAUAAAUUUGAAAUAAAUAAAGAAAUUAAUUGAAAUAAUAAAAUUUUAAAAAAUGCGCGUACGGAUUUUGCAUUUAUCUAAACAUGCAUUUUUAAAUUUUUACGCUACUUAUUUUAUUCAUUUAUUAAAAAAGUUUAAAUUGUCUGCUACAUUCACACUCACAUAUUAUUAUAAGUGUGAAUGUAGCAAACAUUAGACAAAUUUAAAUUAUAAAUAAAUAGAGUAAAUAAUUUAAAAAAAUGCGCAUUUAAAAAUUUCAAAAUUAAUAAGUGAAUUUUUUAUAAAUAUUAGAUUUUUAAUUGUUUCCUUUAUUUAUUUAUAAUUUUAAAUUUGUCUGAUGUCUGCUACAUUCACACUCGUAAAUUAUUACUGAAAUUUUUUGUAUGGGCGAGUGUUUAAAUUUUGUGUGUGUGUGUGUGUUGGUGGUGUAUAUACUACUUGCAGUACAAAAAUAUAUUGUGAAACAACUCAAAACAUUUUAUUCACAUUCACAUAUCCGGUAUAAUCUUUUAUUUUAUUAUUAACGCAACUUAAUCAUUUUAUUUUAUUUUAUUCUUCGCACUUUUGUUACACAUCGCAUCGCCGAUUGUUAAAAAUAUUCAACAGUCGACUUACUGAUCAUUAAAUUUAUUAUUUAAUAAUUACAAUAUUCAAAUAUAUAUAAAUUAUAGCUGUCAAUAUAAAGUUUGAGAUUCCCGCACUGUUUGUCAUCGACUUGCAAGUGUGUAUUGUAUUAUUUAUAAUUAUUAUUGUUUAAAUGGUUAAUUAAAGUUAUAAGAAAAAUGAUAAUCUUAUAGAUAAUUAAAUGUUAUGGUCUGUGGAUGUUUCAAUAAUAAAUUGUGGAUAAUUGUUUA